AUGCGUUUCAGCUCUUCCAUGGUGCUGACGCUGGUGGCGGGCACAUUGUCGUAUGCCUUACCGGCUCCUCAAGAGGGUGCUACACUACCCACGGCAGCCUCACCCGAUACCGAAGUUGCCGCGGAACAGCUCGACCAACUAGCUCUAUUUGCACAGCAACAAGUCAAUGCCACUUUAUCAGGCAACGAUUUGAAGCGAGGGACAUGCAAUAGCAAGAAUGUUGCCGUACGCCGAGAGUGGAAUUCUCUAAGCAACCCAGAGCGCAAGGCCUACACCGAUGCUGUCCUUUGCUUCCAGGCAAAACAGGCCAAAACCCCUUCUUCGCUCGUUCCUGGAGCGAAAUCCCGAUUCGACGACUGGGUAGCGACUCACAUCAACCAAACUACCACGAUUCACUACACCGGUACUUUCUUGGGGUGGCACCGAUACUUCACCUGGCAAUACGAGCAAGCCCUCCGCAAAGAGUGCGGAUACAAGGGAUACCAGCCCUACUGGAAUUGGGCAAAGACUGCUGAAUCUGGUCUUGAGAAAUCGCCGAUGCUGGACGGUUCUCCCUUCUCCAUGUCCGGCAAUGGAGAGUUCAUUCCAGGCGGUAAAGAAGUUAAUCUCGGAGGAAACGGCCUGCCCGACUUCUGGCUUCCUGCUGGGACCGGUGGUGGUUGCAUCAAGAGCGGACCCUUCAAGGACAUGAAAGUCAACCUCGGGCCAGUUCAAUUGGGCCUGACCGACGGUACUUCCGUCUCCAACGGCGAUGGUCUCGGCUUCAACCCGAGGUGCUUGAAGCGUGAUUUGACCGAUUACUCCAACAAGAACUUCGCCAACGCAUCCUCCAUCGCAAGCUUGAUUCUUGGCACCAAGGAUAUCACUAAUUUCCAGAACACGAUGCAGGGCCUUCCCGGUUCGGGCAGCAUCGGUGUCCAUGGUGGCGGUCACUACUCCAUGGGCGGUGACCCCGGCCGCGAUCUCUUCACCUCUCCAGGCGACCCGCUGUUCUACCUCCAUCAUGGUGGCAUUGACCGCGCCUGGUGGAUCUGGCAGCAACUUGACCUUAAGACCCGUACUGGUGCCAGCGGUAUCUCCGGUACUGGCACUUUCAUGAACAUGCCUCCUUCGCCGGACACUACUCUCGACACCGUCAUUGACCUCGGCUACGCCGCUGGCCCACCUGUCAAGAUGUCUGAUCUUAUGAGCACGACUGGAGGACCUCUUUGUUACAUUUACGUCUAA